AUGGAUUCAAGGGUUUACGAGGCCGCCUAUCGCCCCCCUUCUCCACCUAUUCCUCUUCCUCUUCAUCCGCCGCUGCCGCUCCCCGUUUCAACGCCACCUCCGCCUUUGUCGUCGUUGCCUUCCUUCCCAACGACAACCACCGAUGUCUCUGUCUCUGUCGUGGAUGAUCAUUCGCCGUAUUCCUCCUCCUACGAAUCUGUGUCGUCCAAAGCCUGCGCCGCUUGUAGAUUCCGUCGCCAGAAGUGCAACGGCGACUGCCUUCUCGCCCCGUUUUUCCCUGCCGCAGACGAAAGUAGAUUCCAAAAGGCUCACCGUCUGUUCGGCGUCAGCAAGAUGAAGAAGAUCCUGGAGCCCCUCCUCCCCCGUCAACGCGCCGUCGCCAUGGCGACCAUGAUUUACGAGUCAGAGGUCCACGCCGCCAGUCGGGACACAGGAUGUCUCGACAUCAUCCUCCAGUUGCACAGUCAGAUCGAGCGAAGAGCCGCUCAUCUCGACCACCUCCGACGGCAUCUUUCGCCCGCUUUGGGCACCGUCAUCGCCGGAAACGGCGAAAUAAUCAUUCCACCUAUUACUACCGGCAAUCUCAAGCGCCGUUGCCAGGAUCUUCCGGAGAAUGAUCAGAAGAAGCAGAGGAUUGGCUGA